AUGUCACCCGUCUACUGCGAGUACUGGCAACGGAAGCGUGUUUAUGGGACCCGCUCCACCACAGCUGUAAACGCUUCCCAUUUCGAGCAGUAUUGUUUUGAUGAACACAUACAAUCAUCCACCACCACCGCACUUUUGGUUCCUUCUCUUCCACCCUUUCAUUAUCGUUUAUGGCAUCCAAUGUCCAACCCUAUCGCAGACAACCUCGACUACUUUACUCAACAGCAGGAAACCAGUGCCUCGUCAAAUAAACCGUUUAAUCAACAUGAAUAUCAUCUUUCGUUGAGACACCACCACCAUACUCGAUUGCAACAAGGCGAUUCCAUUUCUUCUCCCUCUUCUCCCAAUGAAGCAAUGCAAGAUUACUCGCCAUUCGCAUUCCGUCGACCCGAUCCCUCGUUAUGGCAUUCGUUCGUACGUCGCAUGUCUGGUGUGGUUCCUUUUCCUUCCACUAUGCCUGAGCAAGACGACGAUGAUGAUAACAUAGCACCAGCACCCUAUUCAGAAUACACAUCCCCAUUUGGCACAGCAGCACAAUAUCGACCACCACCCAUGCUAGGAGAGGAUGAUAACCUGCCAUCCAUGGAAGAGGUUGUCAACGAAGGGAUUCGUGCAGCAACAUCGGCAGAACUCAAAGAGAACUACUUUGAACACCCUUUCGAGUCUGAUACAAGUGCCCCUGGAUCAGCAGAACUUCCGCCUACAGCACCAUGGGACACUCGACCUAUCAAUGAAGGAGUCGCUGAUGCAUUCGAAAAGUACGAUGAAGAAUUGCUUACCAAUUGGAAGCAUACACCAUCUCAUGAGAAUCUGGCACAACAUCUCAAGAUAUCGCUCAAGGAACCUGAUUUGGAUCCAAAGAAGGAGGCUGAUAAGGAAUCGGACAAGGACAGACGCAGUAUGCAUCGCAUUGACCUGCAAUAUGGUGAAAUCAAGUGGACAGUGGUGCGCUCCAAUGUGGAUUUCUAUUACCUUGAUAUGCGAAUUGGCAUGUCCAACAAGUUUCGAGGCGGCUCAUUUGGCAAUAGUCAAGAUGUACGACCCCCUUUCCCAGCUGGUGUACGUGUGGUGGCUAAUCGUACAUUGGCAUCGAUGAUGCUCAAGGAAAACGACAAAGAAGAGGAGCUACUCAAACGUAGAAGCGAGCUUGAGCAAUAUCUACGCGAAUUAGUACGGCGAUCCAAGGCGGAAUUUCAUCAUGAGCUAUCCGAGUUCCUCGAGAUCAGUGAUAUCAGCAUUGUCAGGGAUAUGGGAUGGAAAGGAAAAGAAGGCUUUUUUGAGUAUCGAGAGGUGCCCACUUCGGCCCUGGUGCAUAAGAUUCGGCGUACCAAUUGGACAAAGCAAUGGAUUAUCAUACGAGACUCAUACAUUGCCUUUUGCAAGGAUGUCCAUUCAAGGGUGCCCACUGAUGUACUCUUUUUUGAUACGGCGCUCAAAGUCAAUCAGGAUUUUGGAUUUGCACGCAUCCACAAUUAUCACGUGAGCUUAUCCAAUGCCACACGUCGUCUUGAAUUCAAAGGAAAGGCAGCCGAGGGAUUAUACGAAAGCUUGAAAAAGGUUCGAAGUGAAAGCCCGUGGGUAUCAGGACAUCGAUACAAAUCAUUUGCACCCAUGCGGCUUAACGUCAAGGCGAGGUGGUUCGUGGAUGGCCAUGAAUACUUUGAAGCUGUCGCUGAUGCAAUAUUGUCCGCCAAAUCAGAGAUAUACAUUGAGGAUUGGUGGUUGUACUUACGGCGACCUCCCAAAGGGAACGAAGAAUAUCGAAUCGAUCGAAUACUCAAGAGAAAGGCUGAAUUGGAUGGCGUCAAAAUCUACAUUGUUAUAUACCGAAGCAUGGCAGUAGCAUUACCACUCGAUUCCCAACACACGAAGAAUUGGAUGCAAAACGUCCACCCAAACAUCAUUGUAUUGCGACAUUCGAAUAUAGCAACAUCACCAUUUUGGGCACAUCAUGAGAAAAUUCUUGUCAUUGAUAGCCGACUUGCAUUUAUUGGCGGGCUUGAUCUUUGUUUUGGUCGCUACGACACGCAUUCACAUGACCUCACUGACUAUCUUGCUGGAGACGAACGCAACCCUGAAAUCUUUCCUGGCCAAGACUAUUCCAAUCCUCGAGUAAAGGAUUUCACCAAAGUGAGCCGUUAUGAUAUGGAAACCAUCGAUAAACGUUUGACACCAAGAAUGCCAUGGCAUGAUAUACAUGUGGGGAUGGUUGGUCAACCAGCCAGGGACAUUGCACGGCAUUUUAUCCAGCGAUGGAACUUUAUAAAGUCAACAACUCGAGCUCGAGAUCGUGCGGAAGUGCCUUACCUGAUGCCAAAGGGUGAAUAUGUGUCAUCUCGAGAUGAGAAAAAGUUCCGAGGCACUUGUCGGGUUCAAAUUGUGCGCAGCAGUGCUGAAUGGAGUUUAGGGAUUCCACGUGAACAUUCCAUCUACACCGCCUACAUGGAGUGUAUCUCAAAGGCCAAACAUUUUAUAUACAUUGAGAACCAAUUCUUCAUUACUGCUACUGAUUCAGAGGACAAGCAAAUUAAAAACAUGAUUGGCGAGGCGUUGGUGAAUCGGAUUGAACGUGCAUACCGAGAAAAGGAGAAGUUUCGAGUGAUUGUGGUGAUACCAUCAGCCCCUGGAUUUGAAGGUGAUUUUGCAAGUCCUGACAGGCGAUCCAUGGCUUUGAGGUCGGUCGCUCACUACCAGUACAUGUCGAUUUCACGAGGUAGCCGAUCCGUGCUUGGCAGAUUACACCAAAAGAAUAUCCCAGCAGAAGAGUACAUCGGCUUUUACAGCUUGCGCAACUGGGGUCGUAUCAAACAACCUGAACAAAGUCCCCCUGGCAGUAAUAUCAAAGACGACUCUCCUUUGGGUUCCAUUGCUACGGUUGUAGGGGGUGAAAGCAGCAAUAACAACAACAACAUUGGAGGAGGAGGAGGAGGAGGUUUUCUUGGAAGAUCCAAUAGUGGCAAACAAAAUCGCAAAAGAUCACGGCAUAAGAAUGGCACCAAUGGUGGAUCCGAAGAGCAGGUGCGACGUAGCCGACAAGACUCUCUCAAAAAUCGUAGCCAGUAUCCAGAUGACCGAAUGGAUUAUGUCACUGAACAAGUCUACAUACAUUCCAAGCUUAUGAUUGUGGAUGACAAGACCGUUAUUUGUGGAUCGGCCAACAUCAAUGACCGCUCUCAAUUAGGCAAUCGUGAUUCUGAGAUAGCCACUGUCAUUGAAGAUACGGACCUUGUACCAUCGCGGAUGAACGGGGUACCAUAUAAGGCAUCAAGGUUUGCAUUAACGCUACGAAUGAACCUAUUCAAGGAGCAUCUUGGUAUAGAUGACAAUAGUGCAUCCGUGCAGCUAUCCAAAGAAGAGCAAUGGAAGAUCAACUUGGUCAUGGAUCCCUUGGAUGAUACCUUUUUCCAUGAGGUGUGGAAUAGGACAGCAAAGGAGAACACCGAUAUAUAUCACCAUAUCUUUCGCUGUGUGCCGGAUGAUACAGUGCCCACGUUUGAAGUGCAUCGACGUUUUGUACCCGAUCCCAAUCGUAUACCAGCAGGACAUAUUGCUGAUCCGGCAAAUUGGCCAGAGAAAAGGAUAUUGGAUGAAUUGAACAAGAUUAGAGGUCAUUUGGUGACAUUCCCUACCGAAUACCUGUGUCGUGACAAUAUGCUUGCCAGUAUUGUACAAGAAGCCGUUCCUCCUGCAGUGUUUACUUAG